AUGCAAACAACAACAACGAAGAAGAGGACUGCGGCGCCAUGGUGCCGGAGUACGUGGCGCGUCACCACGCGCGGGCGCUGGGCCCCAACCAGUGCUGCUCCGCGGUGGUGCGGCGCAUCGACGCGCCCGUGUCCACCGUGUGGUCGGUGGUGCGGCGGUUCGACAACCCGCAGGCGUACAAGCACUUCCUCAAGAGCUGCCACCUCAUCCGCGGCGACGGCGACGUGGGCACGCUCCGUGAGGUGCGCGUGGUGUCGGGCCUCCCCGCGGGGAAGAGCACCGAGCGCCUCGAGAUCCUCGACGACGAGCGCCACGUCAUCAGCUUCAGCGUCGUGGGCGGGGACCACCGCCUCCACAACUACCGCUCCGUCACCACCCUCCACCCCGCGGCGGCGGGGACGGUGGUGGUGGAGUCGUACGUCGUCGACAUACCGGCCGGGAACACCAAGGAGGACACGUGUAGCUUCGUCGACACCAUCGUGCGGUGCAACUUGCAGUCGUUGGCUCAGAUCGCCGAGAACAUGGUGGCGGCGGCGGCGGCCGGGGAAAACGAUGUUAAUUAAUAACCCUCCUCCAGCUUCCUCGUAA